GGGGCGGCAGCGGCGUCCUUCCUCCGCGCCUUCCAGCAGCUUCAAGGUGCGCUCCUGUUCUGGGGACCUGAACGCACCGGCUGCGGCCAUGGGCGCUCUCCGGAUCGUGACGGGACUGCUGCAGCCUCGGGAGAUCCGGUGCCACUGGAGAAGAGGGUCGUCGGGGCACGGUUUGGAGCUGGUCCUUCCCGCGGGUUUGGGUAGAGCCCGCUACUCCGCUGAAGGGAGGGAGGCGGUGAUGAACGGCCGUCACCAGCAGCCGCAGCCGCCUCAGCAGCGCCUCACCGACCAGGACUUGUCAGUGAAUGGGAUGUUGCCACGUCUGAGUGAUCUGCUCUUCUACACAAUAGCCGAAGGACAGGAAUGCAUCUCUGUUCAUAAAUUUACCACUGCCUUACAACGCACUGGCCUUUGGACCUCAGAUCCACGUCUUCGUGACUGCAUGAAUCUGAUGCGGACAGCGACCCAAGGAGCUAGCAGUGGAGGAAUGCUGAGCCGAGAACUUUUUCGGAGGUGUGUGAGCAGCAAUAUAGUUCUCUUGACCCAGGCUUUCCGAAAGAAAUUUGUCAUCCCUGACUUCCAGGAGUUUACAACUCAUGUGGAGCAAAUCUUUGACCGCACCAAAAGACUUCGGGAGGGCAAGGUAGCAAAUUACAUCCCACAGAUGGCCAAGUGUAAUCCAGACAUCUGGGGUGUAUCUCUCUGCACGGUGGACGGACAACGGCAUUCCAUGGGCCACACCAAGACUCCCUUCUGCCUGCAGUCAUGCGUCAAGCCCUUAAAAUAUGCGGUUGCUGUCAGUGAACUGGGCACUGAGAGAGUCCAUCAGUAUGUCGGCAAAGAGCCCAGUGGGCUGCGUUACGACAAACUCUCUCUCAACGAAGAAGGGAUUCCACACAACCCUAUGGUGAAUGCAGGGGCCAUUGUAGUCAGCUCUCUUAUCAAGAUGGGCUGCAAUAAAGCAGAGAAGUUUGACUAUGUGGUGGAUUACUUGAAGAUGAUGGCUGGAAAUGAAUAUGUGGGAUUCAGCAAUACCACGUUUCAGUCGGAGAAAGAAACAGGAGAUCGGAAUUAUGCCAUUGGCUACUAUCUCAAAGACAAAAAGUGCUUUCCACGUGGUGUGGACAUGAUGGCAGCUCUUGACUUGUACUUCCAGUUGUGCUCUGUCGAAGUGACUUGUGAGUCUGGCAGUGUCAUGGCAGCCACGCUUGCCAAUGGUGGUAUCUGCCCUAUCACAGGCGAGUGUGUCCUCAGCGAUGAAGCCAUCCGCAACACCCUUAGCCUCAUGCACUCUUGUGGCAUGUACGACUUCUCAGGGCAGUUUGCCUUCCAUGUUGGUCUUCCUGCCAAAUCUGCGGUCUCUGGGGCCAUCCUGCUAGUAGUGCCCAACGUUAUGGGAGUGAUGUGCCUGUCACCCCCUCUGGAUAAAGCUGGCAACAGCACAAGAGGAAUUGGGUUUUGUCAGGAAUUGGUGUCUCUCUUCAAUUUCCAUAACUAUGACAACUUGCUACACUGUACCCGCAAGAUGGACCCACGCCGUGAAGGAGAUGAAGUUAGGAACAAGACUGUUGUGAAUCUGCUGUUUGCUGCCCACAGUGGAGAUAUCUCUGCUCUUCGGAGAUUUGCUCUGUCAGCUAUGGACAUGGAACAGAAAGACUAUGAUUCCCGCACGGCCUUGCAUGUUGCUGCAGCUGAAGGACAUCUGGAGGUUGUGAAGUUUCUGAUGGAAGCCUGCAGAGUCAAUCCUUUUGUCAAGGACAGGUGGGGUAACAUUCCCUUGGAUGAUGCCAUCCAGUUUCAUCACCUGGAAGUGGUGAAGUUGCUCAAGGAUUAUCAAGAAAACUACAUAUUGGGGUCCAGACAGGCCAAGGAAGCAGCUGAGGACCUCUCCAAGGAGAAUUUGGAAAGUAUGGUGUGAGAAUGGUAGUUUCCACGUUUGCUUUAUUUUCUCUGUUUUUACUAGUUGAUUGUUCUCACUUCUGAAAGGAGUGUAACAGUAAACAUGCUACUGCUAAGGACUUGAAGAAGAGAGACAUGGAAAGAGAGAACUACAUUCUCCUCAUUCUAAGCUCCUCCAUCCUGUUGAGCAAGGUGGAGUUGUAUUUUUCCGUAACAGUCUUGUACAAGAGACUCCCUGGUGAACUCUGUAUGAAAGCUCAGUACUCCCCUUUGACAGCACAAGUAAACUUGAUAAAAUCUCCAGAAACUGAGUUAAUAACUUUUGGUGAGAGACUAAUUUUAGCUGCAGAAAAGGUUCAUGGGGUCACGAAGAGUCGGACAUGACUUAACGACUGAACAACAACAAAAAACCAUUUUGGGUUGCCUGACAAUCCAAGCAGCUAUUACUAAAAAGGCUGAAAGCAUUUAAGCAAAAAGGAUUCUUCAAUUCCUUAAAUUUUCUAACUGAACGAAGCCCCCACAAUGAAUAUUUUCAUUUUCUCCACUAUGAAUCGAUCCUCUCCCAUGUCCAACCAUUCCCCCAACAGGUACUUGAGCAAGAAGGGAAAACAUACUUGUCUCUGCUGGUUUCAACAAAUUCUGUCUUUUGCCUGCCCCCACCUUCAAAAAUAGUCAACCAUUCCUGCUAUUACAGGAUACACUCCCCCUCCUACACCCACACCAUCUGGGAAGGCUGCAGGGCAAUCUCUUGAUAAUACAGCUACGCCACUGGAGGGUGUGGCGAUACAACUGUUGCUUUCCAGGGAGUUGGUUUUUAAGGUGCAGUAGCUGAUGGCCAAAUUAGAGAUUUAGUGCAUCUGUUUUGCUUCUUGUUUCCAUAAAAACUGCAUGUUGUCAAAUCUGGGUUGUGUGAUUUGGUAGAAUGUUGGGGGCUACAAAAAGGGAAUGCAGUCUAUGCAUUUCCCAAUUCUGUUUCAUUUGUUAGAAACUAUACAAUGUAUUCUGUACCUGGGAGAAAAACUUUUCAGUAUGACACGGUACAAUUUCUUUUAGUUUAGUGUUCUCGUUGUGGCAUCUAAAAAGUGAAUUACUGUGAGGUAAGGAGCAUGCAGCAAAAAGAUACAUGCUUACCUCAAGCAAUUCUUGGCAUGUUUGUUAAGAGAGAAUAAAUUGGUGAAGAUGUUAACACUUUUAAAUCUAGAAGG